CAGCGCCGUGCGGGGGGAAGGUGGGGAGCGGCGGCGGGCGCGGCGCCAGCGCGGGACCUGCGCCCCCCGCGCCCCGAGCCCGCCCGCAGGCAGAGGGGCCGCGGAGCCCUGCUGGGAGCACGGCCGGCAUGAGCCAGGUGCCGAGGAAGCUGCCGGAGGAGGAAGAGGGGGACGAGGAGGAAGAGGAGGAGGAGAUCGUGGGCUUGGCGGGCUACGCCGACGGGGCCGAGUCCUUCUCGGACGGCGACGCAGAGAGCGGCGGCGAUGAGGCGUUUUUGGAUUUCAAUGAUCCCUUCAGUACUGAAGUUAAGCCAAGAAUCCUGCUCAUGGGAUUGAGAAGAAGCGGGAAGUCUUCCAUUCAGAAAGUUGUCUUUCACAAAAUGUCGCCGAAUGAGACUCUCUUCUUGGAGAGCACAAACAAGAUCUGCAGAGAGGAUGUUUCCAACAGCUCCUUUGUCAACUUUCAGAUAUGGGAUUUUCCUGGGCAAAUUGACUUCUUUGACCCUACGUUUGAUUAUGAGAUGAUUUUCAGAGGCACUGGAGCACUAAUAUUUGUUAUUGAUUCUCAGGAUGAUUAUAUGGAAGCAUUGGCUCGGCUGCAUCUUACUGUGACCAGAGCUUAUAAAGUGAAUCCAGAUAUCAACUUUGAAAUCUUUAUCCAUAAAGUAGAUGGUUUAUCUGAUGAUCACAAGAUUGAAACACAGAGAGAUAUUCACCAGAGGGCAAAUGAUGACCUUGCAGAUGCUGGAUUGGAGAAGAUUCAUCUCAGCUUUUAUCUGACAAGCAUAUAUGAUCAUUCUAUAUUUGAAGCGUUUAGCAAAGUGGUACAGAAACUGAUUCCACAGCUCCCAACACUGGAAAACCUGCUUAACAUCUUUAUUUCAAAUUCUGGGAUUGAAAAAGCAUUUUUAUUUGAUGUAGUCAGUAAGAUCUACAUUGCAACGGACAGUACUCCAGUGGAUAUGCAAACUUAUGAGCUCUGCUGUGAUAUGAUAGAUGUUGUGAUUGACAUUUCCUGUAUAUAUGGGCUUAAAGAUGAUGGCACUGGAACUCCUUAUGACAAAGAGUCAAUGGCAAUCAUAAAACUGAACAAUACAACUGUCCUUUAUUUAAAAGAGGUGACAAAAUUCCUCGCUCUUGUUUGUUUUGUCAGAGAAGAAAGCUUUGAGAGAAAAGGAUUAAUAGACUACAAUUUCCAUUGUUUUCGAAAAGCCAUACAAGAAGUAUUUGAAGUAAGAAUGAAAGUAGUAAGAUCUCGAAAACAUCAAAGCCACAUGCAAAAAAAUAAAAGACCCACUCCCAACGGGACACCAAGAAUGCCACUGUAACCGCGGUUUUCUGGCAAUGUGGCAAGCGAAGUUUUUAUGAAGUUGAUGUGACUUCUGCAUCUCAUUGCACUGAGUGAAGAGGAAAACAAACGGGACUGAUGUAUUAUAUGACUUUUCCCUCAACGUUCAGAAAGCACUGUUUAAAUAUUUUUAUCCAAUCAGUUUUUUUCAUAUAGUGAGCACUUUGAGCAAAACGUUGUGUAUAUAAACAUUGAGGUGAACACUUGUAAGAAUUUUCUUAAUAUAUGCUGUAAACCUUUUUCAUGCCAUAUUAAGAAAAAACAGCUGUGACAGAAAUACUGGGUACAUAAUUUGCACUUUUUCAUGUUUUCCUUGUGGAGUUGGACUUUGAUAAACUUAGUUUUUAUGGUGAUUUUGAUGCAUGGUGUCAGGUAAAAUGUAUGCUGUAGUUUAUUUACCUGCUACAAUCAAAUUGGUUAGUAAACAAUUAAGAAAACUUGGUACAAUGCCUUUUAAAAUUUGUGACAGCUAAUACCUAACAUUCAUACAGAUCUAAUUUCGUAUAUUUUUCAAUUUGUAAACUGAAGAAUAAUUUUGAAGUAUUACAGCAAUAAGCACCUUACCAGGGAUCAUAACUGGUAGGUAAAUACUAGCUUUUAUAAAACAGGCUUUUGGCCAAAUUUCAUCUGGAGUUCUCCAUAACACUGGUCAUGCCCUCUCUUGGGUCUAUUUUUAUUAUUUACCUCAGCAUAUGCCACUAAAAUACCUUUCUAUAAAGACAAUUGUUUUGUAAAAUGGCUCUAUGUUGCACUGGUAUUUUUAUAAGGCUUCAGAGAAGUGUGUUGUAUUUGUAAGUUGAAGUUACAUUGCUAAGUUUGUCUUGAGAGCCUACACAUGUACAGUUGGCACAGUGAAGACUCUGUAUGUAUUUCCACCCUGACGUUCUGAUGUACUGAUAAGAAGUCAUAAAGAUGUGAGCACUGGGUUCUGAUUCCCUCUAACAGGGGUCCAUCUGUGACUGAAAUCAAGAAGAGACCAUUAAAAUGAGGACUGGACAAUCUAUCUGCUGUAGUAAUCAGCAUACAUCACUACUUUUUAUUUUAAUAUUGAAUAUGGACAGAUUUACCACAGGAUUGGCCAGGACAGCAGAGCACUCUCAAACAUAAAAAGAAGUAACACUUGCUUUCCAAGUUCUUUAUCCAGUGUUUUUGUUUAAUUAGUGAUACAAAAUUAUAGUUCCUAGUCAGAAGAGCAACUCUUUUCUUUUUCCAGUCCUGCUACAAACCAAUUGCAUGCACAGUCAUGUUGUUGGCGGCUCUUGGGAGUGGGAAGAACUUGACCUGAAUGGAGGCAGCUUUCUGUACGCCAGAAACCGGUUACGUGAGAUGUACCUUUUUCACAGCUAAUCUGCCACCAGCCGAGGUAGCUCUGGAGAUGGGGGAAGGUUGAAUUUGAAAGUUUUUCUCUUAGCCAAGGUGAGGCAUAAUGCUGCGUGUCUUUUAGUGAGUUAUGAGCCCCCAGAGUUUGCUGGCUUCUGUUGAACAAGGAAGGGUUUAACCUGCGGUAGGCAAGGCUAAGUUGUGGCUUGGAUGCACAUUCAGAGUUGCUGUAUGCUAUAUGGGCACACCUGGAAGCUCAAGUACCAUACUGAAUACACGAUUUGGGAGAGCCAGUUGGCAUGAAUGCAAAGGCUCUUCACACAGACAUCUGCCAAAAGGGAGACCAAGUAGUUUCCAAACCCUUUAUUGCUGCCUGAUUCACAUGGCUUUGCUUUUUAGGAACAAAUUGGCACUAUUGAACGUACGUGGAGUUCUUAGGAAAAGAUGCUAGUCAAUAGCUCCAUCAAGACCCACUUGAUAAGUAAUGCAGUUCUAGGUGCUCAGGAAGGUAAGAAACAUUGAUAAUAGUGAAAAGUACUGGUCCUGGUGCCAGUGUGAAGGAUAGUGACAGCAGCUGUAGAGUUCAAAUUCCUUUUGGUGCUGUUACCACCUGUCAACUUAGUUGAGCGUAGCUCUUCUGACCAGCCCUUCAGUUAACGUAAUGCAAAGCUGUUUUCAGAGUUCACCAAAGCAGUGGUGGGUAAGAGCUACCUUUUGGCAGCUUUCCAGUCCACAGGACUUUCAUUGAAGGGCUGCCAUAAUUUCUGGCCAUGCAUUUGUCUUUCAGUUUGUUGAGAUCUACCACUUGGUCAUAGUCUCUGUCCUUCUCCCUUCAUUCCUUCAGGUGUAGGUGACUGUGUGGGACUAAGAACACCUACCAGGCGGGGCCAGACUUUUUUUUUCUUUUCUUUUUUUUCUCCUCUGUGUAAACAAAGUAUCUCAUCAUAAUGGCUAUGGUAUGAAUCAUAACUGAAUGUAGCUUCCAUAUAUUUGGUCUGAGUUCUAUACAGUCAUGCAUACCCUUGUAUUAGAGAUUAUCAGCUUAUUUAAGAGAGUGAAGUUAGCUCUUAUCAUCCCUUCUAGAAUUUGUAAUAGAGUAUGUUGCAUAAUUUAGUGGAGAUGAUGUUAGCUAAUGCAUAAAAUUUCUAAUUGGAUAUUAUCGGAGUAAGGAUAAUUUUUAUCAGAUUACUUAUGUUUCAAAUAUAAUUAUAAAAUUGAAUGCUAAAAAUGCAUUAGUUUUACUAUUUAACUUUGGUAUGUUCAGGUUAGGUAAUAACUCACAUGUUUCACUUCUGAGUAAUUUUCUAAUUAGUACCUCAGAUUUUCACAUUCUAGCUGAACUGAUUGAGCACUGAGUGAGGCAUGCAAGGUUCUUUUCUUUUUAAGAACAUAUUAUUUUAAAACUCUUGCUUUUUCUUUUAAAUUUUAUUGAGAUUCUAGUUUUUAUUUUAAAGGAAUGAAAUGCCCCAUAUGCUACAAGACCCACUUCUGACAAGGCAGUGUUGAGAUACCUUUUCUAAAAUUAGAAACUGUGCAAGAAGUAAUUACUUUCCAAAUAGUCCAGUAUUUCUAAAAUACCCGAUCCACGAGUCCCAAUUUUUUACAUAUCAUUGGAGUUGCCUAGAAAUGGUAGGGACCAUUACUGAGCUAACCAUGUCUCUUUAAAAACACUUUUUUUUUACAAUAAACGCAGACCAAUUUAGUAUCCCUCAGACAUUUUAAAAUCAAGAGCUGAAUAACUAUAAAACUUUGGUUCAAACAACUUGUUAUAAUCGAGGAAAUCUCUAUAAGUAAUUUAAGAGGCAGCAGCCUAGAGUAUGUAAUGUAUUCUGUGAAGAGUUAAAAUGCAUCCUUGAGCAUGCACUGGAAUGUGGCUAUUUAAAAUGUUAAAGUGCUGGAAUGUGUUUUUAAAAAUCAGUGAUUACAGAUGUGCUGUGCAUUAUCAUGGAAGUGUAAUUGACAGGAAGAAACUACUCUGAUAAAACAUAAUUCAAAUUGA